GAUCAUAAUCUCCUCUGCUGCCACAGCGACCACAGCCAAGAAGGAGAAGCAGCAGCUAUGGGGAACACAAAGAGCAGCACGUUGUCCAAGGAGCUCCUGGAGGAGCUGAAGUCCAACACCAAGUACUCGGAGGCCGAGCUGUGCAGCUGGUACCAGUCCUUCCUGAAGGAGUGUCCCGGUGGAAAGAUCAGCAAGGAGCAGUUUGAAGGCAUCUACGCCAGCUUCUUCCCCGACGCCGACCCCACCGCCUACGCCAGACACGUCUUCAGGAGCUUCGACACCAACGCCGACGGCACGCUGGACUUUCAGGAGUACAUUGUGGCGCUGCACCUGACCUCGGGCGGCAAGACCCUGCAGAAGCUGGAGUGGGCCUUCGCUCUUUACGACGUGGACGGCAACGGAACCAUCAGCAAGAACGAGAUCCUGGAGAUCGUCAGGUCCAUCUUCAACAUGAUACCAGCCGAUGACCAGGAGAACCUUCCAGAAGAUGAAAACACGCCGGAGAAGAGAGCCGAGAAGAUCUGGAGCUUCUUCGGCAAGGAGGAGAACGAUAAAAUAUCGGAGAGCGAGUUCAUCCAGGGCGUGAUGGACAACCAUGACAUCCUGCGUCUGAUCCAAUACGACGAGCCGCAGAAAAUUAAAGACAAGCUGAAGGAGAAGAAACAGUAGGCUGCUGAUGUCGCCAUAGCAACCACACAGGAAGCUUUGCCCUGGUCGCCAGGACGACAGCAGCGGGACUAAGAACUCUUUCCACGACGCUCACUUUGUUGUACGCUCAUGCUAAGGAAGUUAGCAUUGUCAUGCUAAGGAAGUUAGCAUUGUCUUCCUCAGCGUGUUGCCCCCUGUAGGCGGGGCGUCCUUUAUAGUAAACCGGCAUGCUAUUACAGCUGUGCUAACUGUGUGUGUGUGUGUUUGUGUGUGUGUGUGUGUGUGUGUGUGUGUGUGUGCGUAUGUGUGCGUGAUUAAGGAGAGAGCAUCAAGGCUGCGUCUCCACAGCUCCUUAAAGGAGUACGGCUCAGGUUAACAACCUUAAUCCUAUCACCCCAUGAAGGUCGCAGCAACACUCUUGUUCAAAGCGCUAACAGGAUGGAGGCAGCGGGGGUGUCCAAAGUGCGGCCAGAGGGCCUGCAGGCAGUUGGUUUGAUGAAUGACAUGGCCCCCAUGUUGUUUAGGGACUGCGUGCGGCCCUCAGAGGGAGCGGUUUGGACACCCUGGUCUCCAGAGGGACUACAAUCAUCAUCAUCAUCAUCAUCAUCAUCAUCAUCAGGCAAUAAAAGAUUGAUUUCCCCAACGUGACGUGUGUCAUUUACAAAGUGUAACCCACAUAGAAGUUAUGCAUCCUUGGAAAAUAAUGAAAAUAUAUUUUAUAAUAAAAUUAUUAAACAUUUAUAUAAUAUAAAAAUAUUCCCCGGUCUUUUAUAACGUCUGUGAAUGCAACCCAGUCACAUGACGGAAGACGGAACGUCUCAGCCAAUCAGGUUCGCCAGGGCCGCAAUCAAAUACACCGGUGCGCUCUCCCUCACACACACCGGUGAGGAGACAGGCUACAGGACGCUGCUAACACGAAGCCGCGUACCGUCGCUGCAGACAUCCGGGUUCUAGCGGGGACUGAAUUACGAGGGGAAUUGGCCAGGUGUGGGCGGUUGGGGACAACCCCCAUGCUACGAGGCGAGCUAGACCCAAAGGGAACCGAACCACUUCAACAUCCUCCUGCGGUCUGGUAGGGGUGUUGGCAGCCAGUUCUCUCCCACCUAUGCACUGGUCACUUUAUCUGUUCACAUAUGAACUCUGUUGCGCGCGGUCCUGGACAAUUUCCACAUAUACCAUGGACUCUGGGUCUCUAUGAGAUGGACAUUCGCUCCACACAUUGUUGUGGCCACUGACCCUUUAUUGUGAAUACUGUGAUUUUGUGCUUGGUGUGAUCUUAAGGGCAUUUACACCCUGGACUGUGCUGAACCACUGUUCAAUUGUGAUUUCUUUAUUUGUAAGAAACAAAUGAACUCGAUUGAAGUGCACUUCAUCAAACAGCUAUAGGAAUUCCCAAACCCUCUAUACCAUUUUACUGCCGUUGGUAAAUAUUGUAAAUAAUUUGUCACUGUUUGCACUUAAACCAAAUAAUAACGCACCAAGCCACUUAAAAGUACAUUUUGUGUCUUCUGUGGUAUUACUGUACCUCAACCUCCCUAGAGCCGAGCAUAGAUCUUCUGAGCUAGUCCAUACUUCUAUUUAAUUCAUCUUUACCUUUUCUUGCAUUUCUCAUAUAUGCUACAAAAGCAGCGUGUUUGUUUUGAAUGGAACUCAUAGCGAGGUUGGCUUGGCCUCACCUGCCCGCCCCCCCCCAGCGUGGACCAGGACUAAGCCAGCAACGGCGGACCCACGAAACGGUCAGAAUGUCCCGCUUUGCGCUUACGUAACCACACGAAAAGGCCAUGCUGACUUUUCCAAGAGGAGCUUUAUUACGGACGCGGCAUUCCAGGGGUGGAUGAAAGCUUGUCAUGGCAAAGGGUCACCACGGGGGGGGCAGCAGAGAGCGCGGUCAACGGAACAUGUCACAUUGAGAACACAACACGGAUUGAACAACCAGCUCUCCUAGAACAUCCCGACAAAAGAAGACGAACGCCACGAACGGUGGAGACACACGUACAUGCAGUCACAGACAACACCAGCAGGGGGGGCCACCGUGCCGUCACGGCUGACAGGAUGCAAAAGAAGACAAAAGGUUGGAGAACAGAUCAAGAACACUUUAGGCACUCAAAGGUGUUCCGGUGUUUUCCCUGCACACUGAUCCCGUUCCAAGCCUUGUGGUUGAGGUUACUGCAGUUGAGGGACGCGUCCACAACGAAGCAUGCGGUUCAGCCCAGAAGAAAAUGUUCUCACGGUUCCUCUUCAUAUCCAAAAGAGACAAGAUUUGUUCAUACAAAGGAGAAACACUGGCGACGUCACAACAGCACAACAUGUCUGAUGGCAUUCAAGCGGAUGUACAUGGAACAUGCUGGUCCAGGUCCAGGUCCCAAGACCACUUCCUCCCCUCAUGCGCUGUCUGUGGAUCAGUGUUAGCCGCCAUGCUCACGUGCACUCAGAUGUCCAAGUCCACGGGCCGCACGUCGCCCGUCUUGUUCUCCUUGACCCAAAGCUCUCGGUCCUUGGCCGGGUCCACCGUCUGCAGCAGCCGGUCCACCGGCUCCACCGUCUGGAGGACACACGAGCCGGACGUCACCGAGUCGUUCACAACCGGACGCUUUUCUAUGAAUCGGGACUCACGGGUACCGGUCUGUCAAGUCCCUCGCUUACUCACCCUGCUCGGACUAACUUUACACGUCCUUCGUGACCACCGACGCCGCAAACGGACCAAUGCCCGUGGAAAGGCCGCACGAGUAUUCAACGUGUCAAUCAAAGCUUCAAUCCAUCAAUCAAAUCAGACACCCUCGUUUCGCUUUUGUAGACAAACCAACACGACCACCUUUCACGCCAUCUUUCUCUCCUCACACGCUACAACCACUCCUUCUCAAGGAAAGGACCCCCCCGCCCAAGUAGGACCCCCACCUCGCUACACGCCCAAGAACAGGACCCCCGCCCAAGUAGAGGACCCCCGCCCGGCUACACGCCCAAGAACAGGACCCCCGCCCAAGUAGAGGACCCCCGCCCGGCUACACGCCCAAACGGCUCGCUAUGAGAUGUAAUAGGGUGACGUGCGAAGGAGGAAGUGAAGGUUGGUGGAACUCACGCCCUGGUUGAACAUGUCCGUCUCGUGUCUGAGGGUGGUGUACUGGCGUAGAUGUUGCUGGAUCCACUCGAUGCGUUCCACCUCCAGUUUCUCCAGUUCCUGAGGCCACCAAACAGCAACAUUGAGGCUUGUGAUGGAUAUGGUGAUGGUGAUGAUGAUGCUAUGAAGGUGAUGUCUGAGUGUCUACCAUGCUGGUGGUGACCAUCUCCUCAAACCACUUGGACUGCGUCUGGUUGUAAAGGUCAAUACAACGCAUCAGGUCAUCUCCUGAAGGACACACACACACACGUUACUACACUUGUGGUGUUUCUCCUGCUGUGGCUGUGACCCCUGACCCUCGAUGUGACCUCUGACCUGCCUGUGUGGAUUUCCUGCGAGCCUUCUUGAUGUCUUCUUCUGUCUUGUUGCUCAGUUUGAUCUCCAGCUGCUGGGUCUUCACUUCCAGAUCUUUCUGUCGGUCAGCCAGAGCUCUGCGAGCCUUGACGCACGCACGCACACACAGGCACGCACGCACACACAGACACACACACACACACACACGUGCACACGUAAAUGACAUCCACACGUCUUCUAAUCUGCUAAUAGUUGCCAUUGCAGCAUGUGUCCUGAUGGGGGCAGCAUAGCAUAGAAGACUGUCAGUCAGUAGACUAGUCAGUGUCGGGGCGAGCAAGGCGGACAUAUUUAUAGUUCUAGUUCUAUUUGUUGACAUCGGAAAAGUAUUUGUAUUCCAUUCAAUUGUAAACAGCCCCCCCCCCGUAAGAAAAAAGUGUACAUAUGCAAGUAACAAGACCAAUUGAGAUGCCACCAUGUUGGAAGUGUACCUUGUCCACGCCAGCGUAGCGGCUAGCUAGCUGCUUCCUGAGGUCGGCGAUGUGAUGGUCGUACUUCUUCAGGUCCUUCUUGAAGUUGUCGCCCCGGAAAGUCAGCAAAGGUUUUUCCACCUCAGAGUGAAGCUGCCAAGACAUGGAAAUGUUCAUGUCUUGGAGACGUGGUCACCACGGGGCCACAUGACGGCCACCACGGGGCCACAUGACGGCCACCACGGGGCCACAUGACGGCCACCACGGGGCCACAUGACGGCCACCACGGGGCCACAUGACGGCCACCACGGGGCCACAUGACGGGCGAGUCAGUCACCUUGUUGGAGAACUUGAGGUGAACUUCUGCUUCGUCAUGGAGACUCUUCUUGAGCUGAGUCCAAGCUUCUCCCAAAGUCCUGCCAAAGAGUAGAAGCACUUUAUGAGGUAGACCGUGCCAUGACGGCCAGCGGGUCCUCCUCACCCUUCUUCCUGCGCCGCCAGCGUGCUGAGGGACAGUUUGGACAGGUUCUUGGCGUACUCCUCCUCGAUUUUUAUCCUGGAACACACUGGAUUAGCUGACGUGUGAUGAUGUUUGCAAUAACGGCCAAUGGGAAGCAAGGAGGGAUGCCACUGGCCAAUAAAUGUCUUCAUGAUGAUGAUGAUGAUCUGCCAGCACACGGCCAGUGGUAGAGGAUCCAGAUGGAACAUCUCCACCUCAGCAGGACAUCUUACCUCUCGUGGACGAACUCGGCCAUCUCCUUCUGCAUCUGUUUGCCCUUCAGCUGUUUCUGCAGGAGAACCUCAAAGCCUGCCACGGACGUUGCCCCCUGAGGGUCCUUCUUGUCCGUCUGGAAAACAGGAAGUGUUAGCGUACACAACCUUGUGUCCGUCAUUGGACAGGCGGGAGGAGGGGUUAGGAGGCUGCCCCCUGAUGCAGAAGCUGCAGAAGGAUGCUGUAGAUGUAGAGUAUCUAGAAGGAGUGAUGUAUGCUAGCACGCGUUGAUGGCGGCAGCUCGCUCACCCAGAAGUAAUCGCAGUAGCUCCAUUCGUUGGGCUUGAGCAGCUGCUGCUCGGGUCCUUCGCCAGGAAGCGGGAACGUGACACCGUUGAUCUGCAGCCAAGGGAAAGAACAGGAAGUCAAAGCAGACGUGAGACGUGCGGGACGGGGAGCAAAGAGGCGUGAGAGCAGGAAAAAGGUCAAGUGGCGGCCAGCGUGAGGUGAUGCUGGGGAGGCCUUCGGGGGGGGGGGACCAGGCCUUCUGGCGUUGCUUGUCCCUCAUCCAUGUUGACAUGAUGGUCCAUGAUAUUUGUGAGCACAGAUGUUGACCAUUCCAUCCCAUAAUGUCCCCGUGGACCACAAGCAGAUGACUAACCCGCUUACAUAACGGCACACAAACGUAGACCCGUUUGGCUCGAGGUUGGCCAAGUGGAGCGUUUAGUCUGCGCUAACGUGACGAGCGAGCAUCCCUACGUUCAUUUUCCGGCUGGCGGGUCAGAGCGAUGGGCCGUGGUUGCCAUGGCGCCCAUGUGACUGAACCCUGAAGACGCUGGCCCGUGCGUGGCGUUCAGAGGUCGUCCGUCGUCAUGGAUUUGUGAUGAAGGUGUGAUCAGCUGAGGUGCAGCCUGAUGGAUGCCACUGUUGCUAGGCAACAGCGGCCUGGCCCUCUC